AUGUCAUCCAACGACUCUGGGAAAUCAUCUGCACUCUAUGUCGACGUCAGCUCAUCGGCAGUCCCAUGUUCUGACUUGCAGCCCGACAAAGAAUUCUGGUUUGAAGACGGGAACAUAGUGCUGGGUGUCGAGACGACUGCGUUCCGCGUACACAGGUCCUUACUUUCGCGCAGCUCAGACGUCUUUCGAGACAUGUUUGAUAUUCCUCAGCCUGAAAAUGUGGACGUUUGGCGCAUGUCCAUUCGUACGCCCUCGAUUUAG